AUGGAUGUAUGUAAAGCUAUGAAUGUACUGGCUGAUUUGAGAAGUUUAACCCAGUUAAGACGUGAAUUGGAACGUCUUCCAAAUACUUUAUUGUUACCGGUUGCUAGAAAAUGCUUGGAUCAUUUCACGUUAGCCAACUAUGCUGGAUUUAUCGUUUCAAUGUGUUUAGAGAAGCCAGUUUGUGGUGAUUAUGUGAUGGAAGAGGAAAUUGACAAAGAUUUAUCGUUUGGUUGCAAUUCUCCAUAUAAAUUUAUUCGUUUAAAAUUAUGUUUAUGGUUGGCGAAAACCAUAUUAAUCGACUGUUGUCCUCGACUGCAAGAUGGUUUUGAGAAAAGCUGUCUUACAUGUCGUUUGGUGUUGUUGUGGCAGAAUCUACUGAAAGAGCCAGCUGUUGAACUGGAAAAGAUUCUGAAUACUUUGGAACAUAUCCGAGUUGACUGUGCUUCCAUAGCAGCAGUUACUGAAGCAUUUCUUGAAAAGAUGUAUGCUCAUCUGCUAUACAAUCAAAUUAGUAGAGCUGAAAUUUGUUUAAAUAGUGCCUUAGCCGCCAAUGGCCUUAAAAUCGAAACGGUCGGAGUGUUGGGUAAACGUACUAGAUUUCAAGAAGAAUCUAUACCUCAACUUAUUGUCAGGGCUGUAGGUGGUGAUUACCUUGAAGAUGAUGACACACGAGAAAAUGACAGUACUCUGCCGCCGAAUGUUUUGCUUCACGAUGACUCGUUGUUAGAAAAUGUAUGCGUUGCCGAAAUAGAUCUUUCAACCAGUCGUGCCAAGCUUUCUGCUCUAACUUUAGCGUGCAUGCUGGCUUCUGGUGUGCUUGAAAGAAAAAUUCAAAGUACUGGAGACUUAGUAGCUGAAAAAUGUUGCUCCCUUCUCGAUGAGAUAAUUAGCCAGCGUAGGAAUUGGGCAGUGCAGGCUAGUGCAUUAUUGCAACGUUCUGAAUUUGACAAGAUUAGCAUGCGCCGAGUGGAACGUGCAUGUCUGCAGAUGGAGUCAUUAUCAAAAUUGGUGAACAAUGUAGAAAAUAAUGAGGUGGAUGAGAGUACUUUAAGGAAACGCUUGAAAUUACUACUGGCAAGCGGGAUGAAGCCAUUUUGGUAUGUUGAUCUCGUUCAUGCUGAAAUCCUUCGCUCUAUCGGAUGCACAGCGGAAGCCUUGGUAAUAUUCGAAAGACAGGAAAGUUGGGAUAAUGUUAUUGAUUGUUAUCAGUCACUUGGUCAAUUAGAAAAAGCUGAACGAUUAGUUCGUGAUCUGCUUGCUAAGAAUGAGAAUGAAUCAAUUUACUGGUGUCUUUUGGGUGAUAUACUUCGUGAGCCAACUGCAUAUGAGAAAGCGAUUGAGGCUUCGAAUGGGCGUUCAUUUCGGGCUCACCGAUCUUUAGGAUUGCUGAUGCUUCACCGCAAGAAUUAUUGUAUUUCAUACCGACAUUUGAAACGUAGCCUUGAACUUCAGCCAAUCAGCUCAUUCGGCUGGUUCAAUUUUGGUUGUUGUGCGUGGAAGCUCGAAAAAUGGGAAGAAGCGGCGAAAGCUUAUCGGGAAUGUGUACGUUAUGAACCUGCACAUUUCCAAGCAUGGAAUAAUCUUGCUGCUGUAUAUGAAAAACUAAACGAUUCAGAACGAGCCAAAAGUGUUUUAUGGGAAGCUCUGAAAUUGAAUUUCGAACAUACCAAGUUGCGAGAAAAUUAUAUGCUUCUCUGCGUGCGUACGCAUGAUCUUCUAUCAGCAAUUACGACAUUUCACGCGAUAUUAGAUUUGGACCGACAAUACAAAGACGAUGCCGUAAUCGAAGCGCUCACACAGAAAUUAAUCACUCUAAGAGAAGUGAACGAAGAGUAUGUGAAACGCUUAAUUAAUAAGAUGUGUGAAUUACUGGGUAGAAUAACUUCACAACAAAGUUGCUCUUCUACGAUCUGGCAUUGUUAUGCAGAGCUAAAACGGCCUAAUUCAGAGUCAUCCGUGAAAGAUUAUGAUUUUUACGUAAAGUUGUUAGAGCGAGCUUUUGGGGCUUGUUAUAAUAAACAAGAUUGGUAUAGAAAUGUUGAUUCAUGUGUUGCUGUUUUGAAUGCAGCCAUGAAGUUGGAAGAUUCCAAGAAAGUUUUGUCGGGAAUGAAAAGUGUUGAGAACGAUCUGGUUAAACCUGAAAUUCGAAUAACUCUUCGGCCAGUUAUAGCAUCCAUAGAGAAAAUAUAUGGCGUAGAUGCUAUGGAAGCCUCUGAUUCGUCCUUAAAAGAGUCAUUACUAAAAAGAAGUCAUUUCAUCUACUGGACAAUGUCAUCAAAUGAAGAAACGCCAACGACAUCUGCAAUAACUUCAAUAACUCCAACAGCUGCAGUGGUGUCGGCUUUACCUAUAACCGUUCAAGCUGCCUCUCAUAAUUCGCCUGCUUUUGUUAAUUUGUCCGUUGGCGAACUACUUCAAAAGCAGCGUCGCAUAACAGUCGUAACAGUGCCGGCGUCAAGAGGUGUUACAUCAUCACCAGUGGGACUGGGAAAUCGAUUCCCAAUAAAGCCAAUGCCACACCAAUCGCUUACAGACAGUGUUAUCUCACGUUCAUCGAGUUGUCCGUUAGAUCCCAAUAAAUUAAAAGAAGCUAUAGCGGAACCUUCGCAGCUUAAUGUUGCACGGAAACUAAAUGUCAUUGAUAUAAUCAAAUCGGUAGGCGCUUCUGAGCAGCCUCAUUUGGUAGCAGCAUCAGGAUCGACAUCGAUUCUUGGAUCCUUGCAGUUGGAUGAUCUCAUACGGCAAAUUGAUCCUACCUCAAUUCUUGAUGACCCUGUAAAAACUAUGCUCAUUGAAUUUGUCGACGAUUUCGUUAAUCAGGUCAUUGAACGGUCUUGUAAGCUUGCUCGUCAUCGUGGUUCGGAUGCGCUAGAAGCUACAGAUGUUGAUUUCAUUCUGCGACGAUAUUAUAACUAUCCUACCCUUCUAAAAAGUGAACCUCAGGCAAAGUCCGACAGUGUGGAGAAUAUUGAAAAAAGUGCCGAAAUGACGGCACAUAAUCAACGAAUGGCAUUAAUUAAGAAAACUCUUAAAAAACCCUAA